AUGAAUGAAAUCAACCUUCAUUUCCUGCCCCAUCAACCUUUCAACCUGUCAACUGUUAAUCCUCUCAACCUCCCAACCUCCACACCCCUCCCAACACCCGAUGAAAUUCACAAGAACAUGUUUUCACAGUCUCGAAACAUGAGUCGAAGCCUGAACUUUUGGACUGUGGCAAUUAUCGACGAAGGCAGCGACACCCCCGUGAUUAAGCGGGAAGGAAAAAGCGCCGAGACCUCUCCAGAGCCUCCCUCGGCCCUUAUUACGCCCGCGAAUUUUGACCAGAUGCGCCGCCAAUUAUGUCGUGAUAAAGCUCCUUUUCUCAUCAGUCGAGGGAAAUUAUUCUUCCUGUGCGCAGACUCCGCCGUCUUCGUGGCCCUAGAUUAUCGGACGCAGUACAAGACGGUGCACCAGACGCGAAAGGACACUGUGACCAAAAGCAUCUACCGUUGUUGCCCUGGAUGGGACUCGCAGAAAACUUCCAACGAGUCCACGGAAGGAGACGGCGACGAAGAGCGAGUCGACGGCGGGGAAACUCAGGCCGAGGACGCGGGCUGCUCCCUCCAGAAGGCGGAAGGCGAUCGCGCGACCAGCGUCACUCACGAAGGCCACACUUACUACCUGGCAGAGGAGAAGGCCCUGAGGGACGCCUCUACCACCGCCGCCUCUCCUGAAGGCCUCUCGCCCCUUCAGGAACCGCUCCCGACGCUCAAGAGUUACCACCGCCUCCACGAAGCGCGUAAGACGACCUCGCGCGAGACAGGUUCCUCGUCCACGGUGCGCCGCCAUCGCAGCCACCACCACCAGCGUAGUCGUCGGCGCCACGACGGCCACGAGCGACGUCACCACACGCGCCACCACAAGCAAUCCCGGGACUGGGCGCCGCGGUCAAGCCUCGACCCGAUCGUGCGCGCGAGGACGACCUACAAGUAUGGCAACGACUCCCGCCAUCACCGCCGCACGACCCACGACCCGCGCAACGACGUGUACGACGCCUACAGCUACACCAUCAUUCUUACUGACAGAAAGGACAAGGCCGGGCGGCGCACGGGCGGGCGUGAUCCUGACCUGCGGGCGCAGGCGUCGCGGGCGGAGGAGGUGGUGACCAGCGUCCCCGGAAUGUCCUUCGGAUUUUACAACCCCACGGACCAGUGGACCAGUGCUAUAUCAUUUAUGUGUCUGCUGUAA